AUGAUGCACUUUUACAGCCCCGGUUACAGUGAGGAUAUGACUGUAACAGAGAUGUUAACAGUGGUGGGUGUGGUUAUUCUAGUGGAGGGGUUGGUGGGUGUGGUUAUUCUAGUGGAGGGGUUGGUGGGUGUGGUUAUCCUAGUGGAGGGAUUGGUGGGUGUGGUUAUUCUAGUGGAGGGGUUUAGUGGGUGUGGUUAUUCUAGUGGAGGGGUUGGUGGGUGUGGUUAUCCUAGUGGAGGGUUAAGUGGGUGUGGUUAUUCUAGUGGAGGGGUUAGUGGGUGUGGUUAUUCUAGUGGAGGGGUUAGUGGGUGUGGUUAUUCUAGUGGAGGGGUUGGUGGGUGUGGUUAUUCUAGUGGAGGGGUUGGUGGGUGUGGUUAUCCUAGUGGAGGGUUUAGUGGGUGUGGUUAUCCUAGUGGAGGGAUUGGUGGGUGUGGUUAUUCUAGUGGAGGGGUUGGUGGGUGUGGUUAUUCUAGUGGAGGGGUUAGGGGGUGUGGUUAUUCUAGUGGAGGGGUUGGUGGGUGUGGUUAUUCUAGUGGAGGGGUUGGUGGGUGUGGUUAUUCUAGUGGAGGGGUUGGUGGGUGUGGUUAUCCUAGUGGAGGGUUAAGUGGGUGUGGUUAUCCUAGUGGAGGGUUAAGUGGGUGUGGUUAUUCUAGUGGAGGGGUUGGUUAUUCUAGUGGAGGGGUUGGUUAUUCUAGUGGAGGGGUUAGUGGGUGUGGUUAUUCUAGUGGAGGGGUUGGUGGGUGUGGUUAUUCUAGUGGAGGGGUUGGUGGGUGUGGUUAUCCUAGUGGAGGGUUAAGUGGGUGUGAUUAUUCUAGUGGAGGGGUUGGUUAUUCUAGUGGAGGGGUUAGUGGGUGUGGCUAUUCUAGUGGAGGGGUUGGUUAUUCUAGUGGAGGGGUUGGUGGGUGUGGUUAUCCUAGUGGAGGGGUUGAUUAUUCUAGUGGAGGGUUUAGUGGGUGUGGUUAUCCUAGUGGAGGGUUUAGUGGGUGUGGUUAUCCUAGUGGAGGGGUUGGUGGGUGUGGUUAUGCUAGUGGAGGGGUUGGUGGGUGUGGUUAUCCUAGUGGAGGGGUUGGUGGGUGUGGUUAUCCUAGUGGAGGGGUUGGUGGGUGUGGUUAUUCUAGUGGAGGGGUUGAUUAUUCUAGUGGAGGGUUUAGUGGGUGUGGUUAUCCUAGUGGAGGGUUUAGUGGGUGUGGUUAUGCUAGUGGAGGGGUUGGUGGGUGUGGUUAUCCUAGUGGAGGGGUUGGUGGGUGUGGUUAUGCUAGUGGAGGGGUUGGUGGGUGUGGUUAUUCUGGGGUUGGAUUCCCAUUACUAUGUUAUUUUCAUUUUAUAUGCAUUAUAUUUUUUCUUUAUCUUCUUGGUGUAUCUGUUUAUGCUUACUUGUCCUCCUUUAUGAAUAAAUUACAAAUAAAAAUAAAGAUUUAAUAGUCCUCUGAUUAGCGGGGAAAGUGGUGGGCAUGUUAAAAAAAAAAAAAGAGAGAGAGAAGAAAAUCUGAACAGCCUGUUGAAUCACAGCCCUGUUUUUUGAAAGGAAAAUAUGCCAAAAAUGCAGAGACUUCACGAUCCACAAGUCCUGGAAUGAAAUACACAGUGACAAGCAGACCUCACACAUAUGCUAAUUGGCAAAGAAAAAGCAGGUUUGUUUAUUUGGUCUCCUUUAAGUCUCUAAACCAACUGAAGUUCUUCCCAAACUCAUCCACUACAUUUCACACUGUUUUUCUCUCCAGCUCAGGGUGGCACUUGUUGCUAAGCGACCCAACAAAUUUUCAAGUUCGGCUCUAAAUUCUGUCGCGUUAUCGCUUUCGCUAAU